AUGGCAGGUUUAAGUGAAAAACUCCGUUCGCUGCAUGAUAUGAUAGUUAAGAAUGCUGAUCUUAUACCAUUAUCACGAUGGGGGUUUGAUCAGAAUGCUUUGGAUAUCGUCAAGUCCCACAAACAUUCGGUUGUCAAUGAGAAGCUGACAUUCAGUAAGUUUGAUGUUACAUCGUAGUAUUCAUUGUUUAGAACAAAAGAAACAGAUGAGUAAAAAACAGAAACAGCAAUUGGCACGAGGUGUUGGAGCCGUUCCUCAGAAGGUUUCAGAUGUUUGCAGGUUACUUAGUAAUGUAUCUGUUACUCCGAAAGUCUACAACCAGAAUAAGAAACGUGCUGAUGAAGCUAACGAGACUGUGACAGAGCUUCAUCCGUAAGUUUUUUAAACGCUGUCAGUCUGUCGGGAAAAUAAUAAGCACUUGUUCGCAUCAAAAAUCGCAUCGCCGAAAAUGGGGUACGUCACUAAAUAUGAACUGACUGAAUAUGAAAUUUGGCAAAUUUUGGUCUAUUUCAAUGAAAUUUUCGUCGUGAUUCGGAACUUGUUUUAUCCAUGAGGACAGAGAUAUUCCAAAAAACAUUGUGAAGCUCAUUUUUUCGUCAAUAGCACAGCCAUUAGUGCAUGGGUCUCACGCAAUUUAGCUAUUUGAUAGAGGAAAAAAAUCUGCAUACAUCUGCAUUUUAAAAUUUGUCAUUUCGAUCAUGUAAAAUUACCUUUUAGGUGCGAAAAGUUUUAAGAAUGAAAUACUUUGGGAUGUUAUUGCGGAGCUUUUACUCUAUAUCCGUGCCAAUUUUCAUGUUUCUAGUUAGCUAAAAUGCCGUGCAACGUGAUAGGCGCCGCGACAUUGUGCUCAUUAUUUUCCUGAUUGACUGGUAUGCAGAAAAGUCUGAUUUUUCGUCGGCACAUUGUUCUUUAUUACUGUAUUGGGAAAUUUUUAUAAUCGUGCAAAUUAUUUGCUUUUUUAGGGAAAUCGAAGCCAUUUUGAAAAAGAAAGGCGUUAAAAGAAGGAACACGACGUCUAUCUCUAAAAUGAAUAUUGUGCCCGAGAAAAAGAGUGAUCAUGGAGUUAAAAAGUAAGAUUAAGGCGGAUUUAAGUGUUAUAAUGUAAGUUUAGAAAUGAGAAAAUUGUCCCCAAGAAAGAAAAGAAAGUGCUGAAUGACAAAGAACGCGGAGAGUUAAAGGAAAGACGGUAAGCACAACAACGUUUCCUUAAGGUUGACGUAUAUAUUUUUUUCAGAAAGCAAAGUCGAUUGAAUAGGAAAAAUACCCAGAAGGCGGACAAAUCAGCGGUCAAACCUGAAGCUCCUUCGGCCACGGAUAAAGAGGAAGCUGUGAAGGAAAACAAACCGAAAAAGAUAAACGCAGAGAUCAGCUUCAACAAAUUAGACUUUGUUCUUAAAGAUGAAAAGACCUUGACGAAGAAUGAGAAGAAGAACAAGCUUUCUGGAAGAGAUUUCAAAGCUUUACAGACUAAGCUGGAUAAAAGAAAGGAAUAUGUGAAGAAACUGAAGGAGAAGGACCCAAUAAGGGCCGAAAAAUUCGAGAAGGAUAUAAAAUGGGACACUGUACUUAACAGAGCCGAAGGUAUAAAGGUUAAGGACAACCCACAGUUAUUAGUAAAAGCUCAAAAAAGAAAGGAUAAGAUUAAAGAAAAGAGAAAGGAGAAGUGGGAUGAGAGGGUGAAGAAGGUCGAGGAUGAUAAAAAGAAGCGCCAGGAUAAGAGGAAUACCAACCUUGCCAAGAGAAGGGACACCAAGGUCCAGAAGAAGUUGGAAAGAGCUAGGAAGAAGGGAAGACUUGUUUAA